AAGAGGGGCGCUGCCGAGCUUCUGCGCCCUUUCCCGAGCGGGCGUGCGGCUGCGGCUUCCUUCUUGACCGGCUUCCCCGCGAGGCAAGCUGACCUACGAGGCCCUGCCUGAGCUGGCCCCUAUCUACCCAAAGCACCAGACUCCUCGCCCUGCCUCGGGGCCUUUGCACUUGCUGUUUCCAGUGCAGGAAUAUUUCAUCACCUCCAUUUCCUGAAUAGGCUGUCUCAGAUCUCCACUGAAACGUCACUUGCUUAGGAAGUUCCCCGACAACAAAGACUAAAUCGGGUUUCUGGAUUGAUAUCCUCAUGAUACAUGCUGUCUUCGUUAUGCUUAAGUAUUCAUGUAGUUCUUUGUCCGAUAGCUGUAUCCCCUGUUCUUUAAUGCCUGUGCGUGCCAUGAGGCCUAGAAAUCUGUCCCUUUCGCAACAUCUAGCACAUAAUAGGUGGAGUGAACAGAUAAUCUCAUUUAGUCCAACAGUCUUAUGAGGUUGAGUCACUGUGUUCUUCUUACACAUGAAGAGACUGGGCUUCAGAGAGUGACACUCUUAGGGUCACACAGUGAGUUGGCAGUGUCAGAAUUUGAACCCAGUCUGUCUCGGACUCCGAGGCCUGAACUUCCACCUCACUUGCCCUCGCACUCCAGGAUCUUCUGCUGUGAAGACGUUACCUAAGUGCCAGCAGAUCUGACCCACAAAGCCUGGAAAGAGAAGACCAUCAGGUUGUUGGGCGCGGUGCCGUCCAGCUCGACCUCCCCUAGACGCCUCCGGACCUGAGGCAGAGGUGGAAGUGGGGUGGCCUGGCCCCCCUCCUGCAGACCCAUGGCGCACCGGCUCCAGUUACAACUGCUGACGUGGGACGUGAAGGACACGCUGCUCAGGCUCCGCCACCCCGUGGGGGAAGAAUAUGCCGCCAAGGCCCGGGCUCACGGGCUGGAGGUGGAGGCCGCGGCCCUGGGACAGGCCUUCGGGCGGGCGUACAGGGCUCAGAGCCACAGCUUCCCCAGCUAUGGCCUGAGCCGCGGCCUCACCUCCCGCCAGUGGUGGCUGGAUGUGGUCCUGCAGACCUUCCACCAGGCAGGCGUUCGGGAUGCCCAGGCUGUGGCCCCCAUCGCUGACCAGCUGUACGAGGACUUCAGCAGUUCCCGCACCUGGCAGGUGUUGGAGGGGGCUGACGCCACCCUGAGGGCGUGCCGAAAACGAGGUCUGAGGCUGGCAGUGGUCUCCAACUUUGACCGACGGCUGGAGGACAUCCUGGCGGGUCUUGGUCUGCAGGAACACUUCGACUUUGUGCUGACUUCUGAGGCUGCCGGCUGGCCCAAGCCCGAUCCCCGCAUUUUCCAUGAGGCCUUGCGCCUUGCUCAGGUGGAACCGGCGGUGGCAGCCCAUAUUGGGGACAGUUACCAAUGUGAUUACAAGGGAGCACGGGCCGUAGGUAUGCACAGCUUCCUGGUGGCUGGCCCCGAGCCUUUGGACCCUGCGGUCAAGGAUUCUGUACCCCAAGAACACGUCCUCCCCUCACUGUCCCAUCUCCUGCCUGCCCUUGACUGCCUGGAGGGCUCACCCCCAGGGCUUUGAGUCUGGCGAGGGAAGCGGUGGGGCCCAACAGACACUGGAGACAGGGAGCCCCUUCCUUCCCCGAGAUCUGGCCUUCAUCCCUCCCCCUGCAGCCUCCAUAAUGCAUUCCGACUAUAAAGCAGUGAAUGCGGGCCAUUCAACCCUGCGCCACUAACCAGCUCCUGGUCUCUGAGAUGCUUCGUUCCUCACACCUGUGCCCAUUUUCUACCACGAGUCCCCCUCACCUCCAACAAGAUUCAUGAGGGCCCAACUAGCUUCAAAACCAACACUUUCAAACUUUCUUUUUAGCAGCAGGGCCUUUCGUCAUGGGAGAGCUUAUGUGGAACCCCAACACGCAAAACAGGAAAAAUGAGAAACUGCUAGGGUUGAAGCAGAGGUCCUGGGGCCCUUCAUUCAGGCCCUGAAGCCUCUGCGACUCUUUCCCCUGCGAAGCCUGAGAUCAGAGGAGCUUAGUACCUGUGGGUACUGGAGUUCUCAUUUAGGCAUGUCUGACUCCGAAGCCCAUUGGCUUGACUGCGAGGUUACAAGUAGAAUGG